UUUUCUUGAGAGAGCCGGUAGAUUACACUAAUAUUGAACUUUUGGUUAAAUUUACCACCGAAAAACUCUCUACCAGUGGGUGCAAGAUAUUUGAAACGGUAAUUAGUCAUAAAAAUUAUUUGAUCGUACAACUCAAUGAAUACACGUUCUCGGUAAAGAUUUCAUUUAAUAUUGUCUUCUCUCAAUAGAUUUACAAAUUUUCAAUCAUUUACCUAUAUAUUAACUAUUUUAAAGCAUAAAAAAAUAUUAACUACUUACCCUUGUUGAUAUUUAUGUAGGAAGAUUUUUAUCUUCUUCCUUUGAAAAUGUGUUUUGUCGGCGAUUGAACGUCAUGUUUAUAAUUUUAAAACAACACAAACAAUAUUAAUGUAAACUAUAUAGUUUGAGCUAAUCGUUGUAUAUUCUAAGCAUGAUUUUCAGGGCCUGUUAAUAGUAAGAACGAUAGUGAGCAGGGCCUUCUGUUUGAAUGAUUUAUGUUCUCUUCUCUUAACUGGGAUCAGGGGACAUUCAGAGUCAAAAGAAGAAGGCUUCCUGAUCGAUGUUUCUCAAGAAGGUCAUAUGAAAGCUACACAGUCUGCAAAUGGAAAGAACAGAUCAAUCUCUUGGCAGGAAAAGGCUUAGCUUUGAACCGAGUCUACAGUUUCCAACAUCUAGAGAUCAUUUUUCUUAACAGAGUAUUGAAUUAAUAUUCUAUUAUUUUGGAAGCCAAAGCUUUUGCUCUUCUAUCAGAGACAGAGAUUAGAAGAAACAGGAACCAAGUGUGUUCAAGCACGAUGAGGUGAUAUCUCUUGAGACAGCAUUAUGAAGUGAAACCGUCUCGCUCAAGAUGCAAGCAAUCCUCCUCCUCUCCUGAACACUUUUUUUUUAAUCCCUUUUACUUUCAUUGAUGAUUCUUCCUUGAGGAAAAAAUGAUUCUCAUCUGCAUCUUUCAAGAAGCACCUCAAAACGAUUCAGUUCGUCUUUCAUCCGCUUCCUCUGGUCACCUAAACCAAACAAGAACACAACGGUUCUUCCAAGAGAAACCUAAGCAACAACCUCCACCAUUUGCAAGUUCUUGAUUCACAAGUGUAACGCCCCAUCUCUUAAGCUACAAGAGUCAACUACCAAACUACACAGCACAAGAUUCCAAGUUCCAAAGUUGUUGCAGAUUUUUUGCUGAGUGCAAUCAAGAAAAUGAGAGACAUGUUUUAAAACUUUCUGAUCACAAUACCGUUGGAUACGAGAAACCAACCAGCCAUGUCGUGAGUUUUCAAGUCUCAAAAUUUCCAAUAAAAAAAAAUAUACAAUUUUAAGUUUUGUUAACGAGAGUUUUUUCUAUUUCUUCGUCUCUUGUAUUUCUAUUCUUCCUGUUAUGCUUUUAUGUAAACAUACAUCUCUGCUCAUGACAUCAUGACUUGCUUCCCAAGCUACAUUGCUCCUCCUCUUUCCAUUUUUCAUUUCAGUAUUAAUAGUAUUGAUUUAGCAAAAAUAUGGACGAUUUCGCCUUUUUUUAAACGGAAUAUUUCUGAUUUCUUUGGAGUUCCUAUUUUUCUUGUAUUUCCUUUUUUCUCAGGUUAAUCCGGGUAUAUAUAUAUAUAUAUAUAUGUUUCUGUCUAACAGACAAAAAAAAACUACACAAGUAUUCUUCUUUCUUUUACUUUCAAUAGCUAUCUCUAACUUUUUCUUUAAAAAAACAUCAAUAUGAUCAUUGGUGCUUUAUAUCCUAUUGAUACUGUCGAACCCAUCCAUCCUGCUAUGAUUGUAACAAAACAACUGACAAACACUGAUUAUGUACACAGUAUGGUGUUACCGAGAGAACAAAUUGAGUCAGUUCUCGCGGUGAUGGAUGGUGUUACAGAUGAGAGUUUAAGAAACGGUAAGGAAGUGGAUGUUUAUGAUGCAACGGAAGAAGACGAAUACAAAGUCACCAUAAAGCGUAUUAACGACGACACCAAAUAUGUUUUUGGAAAAGGUUGGAGUACAAUGAAGUAUUCUUUGGAUCUCGAAGAAGGCCAAGAACUGAAGCUCUACUGGCAUCGUGGUUACAAGAGAUUCAUUGUUCUUAAUUUUCAGUACACUCUUCUAAUGAUUUAAGUGUAGCGCACAUGCGUCUACUUUACUUAUUAAUUAAUAGCUCUAGUUGAUUAUGUUUUUGGAUUUCAUUCGUAAUGGCUCUAAUUAAUUAUUAUAUUUUAGAUUUCAUUCAUAUUUUCCUAGUUAAGUGUUAUUUUCCAUAAUUUUUAAUAAAUUUAAUUGAAAUAUCUUGAAUUUCAAAAAACAUAUCUGCGCAAGGUUAAUGAAAACCACCACAUAUACAAAAAAGGAGCGUUUUUACAUUCGAACCUGAUUAAAACUAUUGUAAAGCUUCCACUUGUUUGUUCGAGCACAAACCAGACAUUCGUCUGCAUAAGGUAUCACCUUCCUCAUUGCUCAGAGCCUCAGACAAUGUUAGAUUCUGUCGUCCACAAUGUCCUGCAGAAACAAAUAUUAUUAGAAGGUUACUAAAAGUUCAAUAGCCAAAAGACGAACAUGACUCUUCCGAAGGUAAAAAAUCAGAAGUAUAGCUUUUUGGAGGUUCAAAGGGAAAAAAAGUGGAAUGGCAUCGUAUAAGAUGCCAGAGAACUCCUUUGCAUCACAGCAGUCAACGAAGGAAUGUUCUUAAUCAAAUAAGAGCCGAGCCAUAAUCCCACCAGGUCAUUCAUUAGCGUACACCACUACUAACCAAAAGCUUUAAGAAACAUUAAAAAAAAAUAUUAGUCUCCCCACACAUUAAGAUUUUCGUAGAGGAAGGAAAGUAGGAAACUCAUUUAUAAGCUAUUAUUAGUAAUU